UCUUUCGUUUCACUCCGGACCAAAUACGUGACCGGAACAGCGCAGCGGCGUGAGAGCGCUGCAGAAAUGAAUAGGAGCAAAAACUGUAACGUUAUAUGCUGACAUUGUUCUGUCCAUAACAACGUCACGUUUCCACCAGACUAACCCUAAAAACACACCGAUGGAGUGCGAUAUUUUGGAUUCCUUGGAGCAGCUCGGCUAUAGCGGUCCUCUGCUGGAGGAGAGGCUGCUCCUCGCAGCCGCCGAGGGAGGCCUGUCGUCGCCUGAGUAUGUGGAGCUCUGUAAGUGGCUCUCAUCCAGGUUAAAGCCGCUGUGUCAGCUGGAGGAGAGCAUUACUUCCGGUCCAGACGACCUGGAAAGCCUUCAAGUGGAGAUGAGCGGUCUGCUGAAGGAGCUGCGCUGUCCAUAUGAGGAGGUGGUUUCAGGGAUACUUAAGGGCAUCGUACUGACUACCAGAGACCAUCUCAAGUUUCUCCUGUUUCUAAGCUCUGAGCUCCAGGCAGCGCAGAUCGUGAUGAGCAGAAGACUCUCUCAUGAACAACAACAAGAGAGUCCGGUGCACCAGGAGCUCCUCGCCAUCUAUGAAACCCUGAGCCUGCCGCGGCCCGGAGGACAGGACGCAGCGGGGGUUUUCUCUCAAGUCCAAGACAAGGUGGAAGAAGUACUUAAAGAUCUUCCAAAUAGCUCCAUUGGAAACCCCAUGCUAAAAAAAUCUCUAUGCAGUGAACAGUGGGAGAAGUUGCGCAACAUAAACACCGCUCUGUCUUCAGAGUACGAAUGUCGGCGCCGGAUGCUGAUCAAGCGGCUGGAUGUCACAGUGCAGUCAUUCGGCUGGUCAGACCGGGCCAAGGUAAAGGUGGACAGCAUGGCGAAGGCCUAUCAGCCGAGGAGACACUCUCUGAGGCCACAGUCCACAGUAGCUGUGGCUGAGCUGCUGGCCGCCAGAGAAGACAUCUGCAACGUGGUGAAGACCAGCAGCGGCUCCAGCAGGGAGAAGACUGCGUGCGCCGUCAACAAAAUCCUAAUGGGGAGGGUCCCAGACAGAGGAGGACGCCCCUCAGAGAUAGAAGCACCUCUCCCUGAGAUGCCUGCCUGGCAAAAAAGACAAGAUGGAGGAAGAGGUGGAAGAGGAGGAGGAGGAGGAGGAAGAGGAGGAUAUUGGAGAGGUGGUGGAUCGGAGCGAGGACAUGGAGGAAAGAGAGGAAGAUAUCGGUACUAGUUUCUGAUUGAGUUUUUUUUCCUCUUUAUCCGAGGCUCAUGAGUUCUAUUCUGUUCUCUUUAGAGGGAGCAAUAACUUGAAUCACAAAAUUAUCUUUUUAAUUAUUUAUGGUCAUAUUUUCUAUCAUGGUUUUACUUUGCUUUUAUCAGUGUUAAGUGGAAACCUGUCCACAUGAAUACUUUUUGCACGACAAGGUUAUGGCAUCAAGCCAUAAACUACAUACACAUUCUAAAGAGUUGAAGCUCACACUGAAAGUGACAAUAUGUCUAGAAGGAGCUGCUCAAUUUCAUUCACAUUUUUGGGGGAAACUUCACGGCUAAAAGUGAUAUUUUUUUCCUGAGUUUACACUCUGAAUUAUUAGUUUUCUGUAGGGAAUUAGUUAUUUUCCAAUAAAAAGACAUUUAUUUGUUACCAUAAACAUUUAACUUUCUUUUGGUAUUUAGAAAAUGUGAGUAAUGUUUGUAGAUAAAGGCAAAAGUAGGAAAGUGUCGUCAUGUGAAACCCUGAACAAUGAAACCAUGGCUAAAGGUUUGAAGCAGCUUCUCUCAGUUCUUUGAAGAUUUUGUACCAGCUGUAAUCCUUUUCCACCUUUUGAAAUGUAAUAAAAGAUCUUCCAGUGAUUUAAACGCUUGU